UCCAGGACACGUGCGAUGUCUAUGAGAAGCCUCCAUCGUCGUGUCUCUCAUCCUUGCCAUGGAAAUGAGCAUCGGCAUUCCGGAAAGCAUGAAAAGUGUUCAUUACAGAAGCUCGAAUCCUCCUGGCCAUUUUCCCUGGAGGGCGAAGGAGGUGGCGUGGGUGGUCGUGCCGCAUCUGGAGGUGGCAGACGAGCCCCAAGUCUUCGUCUGGUGAACGGCAGGGCGACCACCGGGGUUGGCCUGCACACCAGCAGCACCGAGUCCGUCCGUUCACCCCAUCAUCAUCUUAGCCAGCAACACAGUAACAAUAACAACUGUUAUGGUGGUAAUAAUGUCUCCUCCAAUAAUCAUCCAAGAUUAAAUAAGGAUGACAGCAUCAAAAUCAGCAUCGAAAACACUAACACUUGUACUGAUAGCCUCGUCACAGCGCUAGACGACGAGACUCUCCUUAUUACCGAUUUCCUUAACGAUACAGGCAACGAAAUGAAUUACAAAGGAAGCGGUAAGGUCCACUUUGGGGUGGACGACGUGUCCCUCUAUGGAACGCCGAAGGAGGAAUUGGGCCCGGGACUUCCGGGCCAGGAGGUUAAGCAAAGUUUCUUAAAAAAUCAACUGCAAGCGUUGUUCCAACCAACAGACAACAAGCUUGCAAUGAAACUCUUCGGCAGCAAGAAGGCCCUUAUGAAGGAACGAAUCAGACAGAAGGCCGCAGGUCACUGGGUCAUACAUCCUUGCUCCAGUUUCCGAUUUUAUUGGGACCUUUGUAUGUUGCUGUUACUCGUAGCAAACCUAAUAAUUCUGCCAGUUGCUAUUAGUUUUUUCAACGAUGAUCUAAGCACCCGAUGGAUAGCCUUCAACUGCCUUUCGGAUACGAUAUUUCUGAUAGAUAUUGUCGUAAACUUCAGAACGGGGAUAAUGCAGCAAGACAAUGCAGAGCAAGUGAUACUGGACCCGAAAUUGAUAGCGAAACACUACCUCAGGACUUGGUUCUUUCUUGACCUCAUCUCCUCUAUACCACUAGACUACAUUUUUCUCAUAUUUAAUCAAUUUCAGGAUUUUAGCGAGUCAUUCCAGAUUUUACAUGCUGGACGUGCACUUAGAAUUCUCAGAUUAGCGAAACUUCUGUCGCUCGUAAGACUGCUGCGAUUAUCAAGACUUGUGCGAUACGUUUCGCAAUGGGAAGAGGUCUAUAUCCCCCUAUACCAACAGCCGGAGAGGCACUACGAGCGACGGGCUACACCGCCCCAACCAGACCGAACCAGCAAGAUAUUGCAGAACCUACAAAAAAAACGCACUGAGCGGAGGGGGCGCCUAAGCUCUGACAAUACGAAUAAAAAGAAGUCCGGUUUCAACAAAAGCGACCUUAUUUUUAAGUUCCUGAAUAUGGCGUCGGUGUUCAUGCGAAUAUUCAAUCUAAUCUGUAUGAUGCUAUUGAUCGGCCACUGGAGUGGUUGUCUUCAAUUCCUUGUUCCUAUGCUUCAAGGAUUCCCUAGUAAUUCUUGGGUAGCAAUUAAUGAACUGCAGAACUCAUUCUGGUUGGAGCAAUAUUCGUGGGCUUUGUUCAAAGCAAUGUCCCAUAUGUUAUGUAUAGGAUAUGGCAGGUUUCCACCGCAGUCGUUGACCGAUAUGUGGCUCACGAUGCUCAGUAUGAUCAGUGGUGCUACGUGUUAUGCACUUUUCCUUGGUCAUGCUACAAAUCUCAUCCAGUCACUUGACUCUUCAAGAAGGCAAUAUCGUGAGAAGGUCAAGCAAGUUGAAGAGUACAUGGCGUACCGAAAACUACCACGAGAAAUGCGUCAGCGAAUAACGGAGUACUUCGAGCAUCGCUACCAAGGCAAAUUCUUCGACGAGGAACUCAUUCUGGGAGAACUUUCAGAAAAACUCAGAGAGGAUGUGAUAAAUUACAACUGCAGAUCUCUGGUAGCCUCAGUACCCUUUUUUGCUAAUGCAGAUUCAAAUUUUGUCUCUGACGUAGUCACAAAACUGAGAUAUGAAGUCUUCCAACCAGGUGACAUCAUUAUAAAAGAAGGAACGAUAGGCUCCAAGAUGUAUUUUAUUCAGGAAGGAAUAGUUGACAUUGUAAUGGCCAAUGGUGAAGUAGCAACUUCUUUAUCAGACGGAUCGUAUUUUGGAGAAAUUUGUUUACUGACAAAUGCAAGACGUGUUGCUUCAGUCAGAGCUGAAACAUACUGCAAUCUUUUCAGCCUCUCAGUGGACCAUUUUAACGCAGUCCUGGACCAAUAUCCGCUUAUGCGUAGAACUAUGGAAAGCGUUGCCGCCGAGAGGUAUAAACUUUGGUUGAAUAAAAUCGGCAAAAAUCCAAAUUUGGUGGCACAUCGAGAAGAAGAUCUUGGCAGUGAAUCUAAGACGAUAAAUGCUGUUGUCAAUGCACUCGCUGAGCAAGCGGCGCAUGCCAGUGCGAGUGAAGAAUCGGUACACAGUUUAGAACUUAGAACACUUCCAACUGGGUUAUUGCCAAGGCCAAAAUCGGAGAAUAAUUUCGCGAGUCAAGAUUUACAAAGAGAGGACCGCAGAAUCUUCCACAAAAGUGACACCUUCCACAAGGACUCGUAUCAAUGACGAUACUCGUCUUACUAGCAUCAGGAGAGGUUUUGAGGGCCAAUCGUAGGUCUGUCUAUAAACUUCAAUUCUUCUCUAUGCUACAGAAAUUCUGGCCAUGUGUUAACACAACAGAAACUGCGAGUAUUAUGCUCUCUACAUUUAGAUAAUUUGGCACUCAGCUUACACUUUGAUACAAAGAAGAAAACAGAAUAGUCGUGCCAGUUCAAGUUACUUUAAAGCUCAUUUUUUCGAUUAAAAAACUUUUGGAGAAGUAAGAGAAAACAUCAUAAACUUUUUCUAUAUUUUACGAGCUUCGUAAACGACUCUACUCAUCUCCAAUACUUUAAAUCAGUAAAUUUUUCAUGAAAUGGUCCCACUAAGGCCAACGAUCGAUGAGAUAUGCACGAACUAUUAAAUGACAAUUGACAAUGUAAAGACAUUAAAUCAAGAUAAGUAAGUGGUGAAAAAAAAUGACCCAAAGACUAUGUUAUGUUGUUGAGAGUUCUUUGGGUCAGGAUUACGAAUAAAAAAUGAUAAGUGAAUAUAAUAUUGAUAAGUGUAUGUAAACAAUUAAGAAAGAGAAGCUAUCUUUUUACUAGAUUAAUAAAUGAAAUGCAAUGUACUAUAAUAAAAUAUAAAUAGUACACAAAUAUGAUAUAGUAAUUGUUAUAAUAAUAGAUUAUUACAAUAAUGAUUAUCACUACCGCAUUAUUAGGAAAUUAUAGAAACAAUUAAUUACAGAAAAACAGUUGUAUAUAUAAAAGCCGUAAAAGUUUAUAUAAUGUCGCAAAUUUUAAACAGAGCGAUGAGAAUGCAAAGUUAAUAAUGAUGAUAUUUUAUUGAUUGUAUUAUCAAAUCGUUUUCCUUCGUGUAAUAAUAUUAUUACUAUCCUGUAUUAUUAUUAUGAUAAUUAUUUAUAUUAUCGUUAUUAUUUAAAUGGAAUCGUUAUUAGCGAGUAGACAGUGCCUAGAGUCGUAAACGACAUUGUUUCCUCAUUUAAUUUUUAAAGCCUAAUGAAAUAAAGUAUUUAGGAAAGUCAAUGACUUAUCGGUUGAUCGCCAGUUAAAUUAUUAAGUACCUAUGCAUACAUGUAAAUAAAACAACUCAAUUCAAUGUAGAAAUAAAAACCGUGAACACAAUGUAAUAUAGGUAUUUCAGAUUCGCACAAAAAAUUCGCGCGUAUUCGUAUGAAACAUCACGGAAUAAUGAAGCGAUUAAGACCGGAAAUAUUUUUUUUAAAUAAUUAAGAUAAAAUAUAUCGUUAUGUUGCACAAUUUGGCUUCUGUUAGGAAUGCAACAUUAGAAAAUUAUAUUAUAUAUUAAUGAAACAGCUAUUAUUAUUGCUAUUCUGAUGUAUAAAAAACCGAUAAAACAAAAAGUAUUAAACAAGUGUUAAAUAUCAUGAUCAUUUUUAUCAACAUGUUAGACGAUAUCAGAUAUUAUGACAUUAUACACGGAGGUGCUUUGUUAAGUAAUUUGGUUAAAAUAUAUUUGUUUUGUUAAUAAUUCUAUUUCGUUAAUUUUAUGGAAAAAUGUUUAAUGGUAAAUUUUAUAAAAAUUUUUUUAUACAAAAUUA